UGGUGAUGAUGAUGAUGAUGAUGAGGAUUGUGUAUGAAUGGAGCGAUGAAGAUUGCAUGAAGGUUGAUGAAGACAAGCUUGAUGUGUCUUUUAUUAUCCCUCGUUUGGGCAACUUCGAUCCUUUGGCAAGCUUCGGUUCCCCUCGGAAUCAGCAGAUUAUUAUUAUUUCACUACCUUACUAUCUCUCUUUUUGUCUAUUUUCCUUGUUUACUUUGUUUCCGGUUUGGUUUGUUGUCUUUAAUUUCGUUUGAAUGUGUGUGUGUGAUGCACCAUUCAGGUGUGUUCCUAUCUGUGUGUGAGGAAUAAAAGAAUAUUCGGUUUCUUA